AUGGGACACAUGAAAUCGCAGAUGCGCGAAUGGUUGAGCUUCUCGCUUCUGUGUUGCAACUGCAUUGCACAAUUAGCAGAUGGAGACACCGAAGAUGAAUUAUGUGAACUGCAAUACGCCAGUUCAUCAGUGGUAGCAGAAGUUUCAUGGGCAGAUGAAGAUCGAAGCUGCUCGCCACAUUCAUUACAGGUUCAGUUUAGAAACUGGAAGAUGUUUAAUGAUGUUAAUGAAACUACAUGCAAACAAUGGUAUCAGCACGAUUUUCUUGUCUGCACUCGAGGAUUAGCACGUGGACCCUGGCUUCAGGAAUCAAUCAAGAAUGGCCUUCGCGCAUCUCCACAACACACUCAGCUUCUCCUAUGCCUUGCAAAAGUCUGCUUCAACAAAGACUAUUCUACAUAUGCCUUAAAUUCCAAUGAAAUCACUUCCUCCACCAUAAAGUCCACGACACCUUCUACGUUUCAUGAUGAGGCCAUACUGGAGUACCUUGAAAGACUAUAUAAUGAAACCUUACAAUCAACAGCAGAGGAGUAUGACGAUAUCGUUUUGUUAUGGACAAUCAUUCUGACUUCUGUGCUCUUCUCGUUCUUCGCCAUCUUGGCAGCUUACGAAAGCCUUGCAUUGAUACUUUGCAAAAGCAAUCCGACAGAAAAGUCCAUCUAGAAUUAAUCAAAUU